UCUUUAGGUCUCUUUGGCCUAGGAAAACUUUUAUUUUUCCCUAACAGCACAUGGUAAAUGGGUAAUUUUCUAUUACAGGAUCUGUUAACAUUCAGGGAUGUGACUGUGGAGUUGUCCCAGGAGGAAUGGGAAUGUCUGGACUCUGCUCAGAGGACUUUGUACAUGGAUGUGAUAUUGGAGAAUUAUAGCAAUCUAGUCUUUGUAGAGAACCAUUGUAUAUGUGGAAAUUGUGAAAAAUUCCUGGAUCAAGGCUCAAAACAUAUUGUUCAUCAUCAUGUGAAUAUCCAAGAGAUUUCUUUGAAAUGUAAUGAGCUGGGCAAAAUGAUUAAUGAAUCCUCCCAAUAUACACCUUAUGACGUGAGUGAUACUGCAGAAAACUAUAAUAAAUUCAGAUGUGGUAGCUACAAGGAUGCUUCUGUUGAGUCAUCAGUCAUAAAAAGACCUAAAAGCGAGGACUCUGGAGAAGAUACUUGCAAAUUUAAAGACUGUAUAAAUUGUUUAAAUUUGUUUCCUAUUAGUCAAAAUCAAAGGAUCCACUCGAGCCUCAGUAUACAUCAGAAAAAUCAUUCUGGAGAGAAACCCCACAAAUGUAAUGCCUGUGGCAAAUGCUUUUAUCACUUGUAUCAGGUUAAAUACCAUUACAAAACCCAUACAGGAGAGAGAUCUUACAAAUGCAGUGAAUGUCACAAACACUUUAGUCAGCUGACACACCUAAGAAGCCAUCAGACAAUUCAUACAGGGGAGAAACAUUACAAAUGUAAUGAAUGUGGCAAAAGCUUUAGCCGAGUAACAUACCUAAGAACCCAUCAGAGAAUUCAUACAGGAGAAAAGCCUUACAAAUGUAGUGAAUGUGACAAAUGCUUCAUCCAGAAAGCUCAACUUACAAUACAUCAGAGAAUUCAUACAGGAGAAAAACCUUACAAAUGUAGCGAAUGCGAGAAAUCGUUUAGUUGCUCAGGUCUUAGAAAACACCAGCGAAUUCAUACAGGAGAGAAACCUUACAAAUGUAGUGAAUGUAAGAAAUCCUUUACCAGUGGCUCAGAUCUUAGAAGACAUCAGAAGAUUCAUACUGGGGAGAAACCAUACAAAUGCAGUGAAUGUGACAAAUGUUUUAUUCAGAAAGUCCAACUUAGAAUACAUCAGAGAAUCCAUUCAGGAGAGGAACCUUACAAAUGCAGGGAAUGUGUCAAAGUCUUUACCCACCUGUCAGGUCUAAGAAAACAUCAGAAAAUUCAUAGUAGGGAAGGAAAGUUUCCAUUAAUACAUAAUAUGGCACAGGCUUAGGGACCAUUGCAGGCUCCCCACUAGAGAAUCAUAAACAUGAGAAGCUUCUGAAAUCCUGUAAGUGAUGUUCAAAUCUUAGAAAACAUCACCAGUUUCUGUUGAGGGAAAAUUAUUCAAAUGUGAUGAUGUAGGAAAAUUUUCAUUAAGACAGUCUCUCUUUUCACCCUCAAAUACUUCAUAAUGUAGACAAAAUGGAAAAGGCUGAAGAAUAUGCUGUUGUGUGACCAUUUCCUGGAGACUGAAAUGUUCCAUCACGAAGGAAAGCCAAUUAAGACAGGAAAUAACCCCCCCCCCCCAGUAACUCAGGAAGUCCCUGAAACUGACAGCAUUUGCAUUGUUUAACUCCCAUGAAGAAACUCAGAUCACUCAUGCGAUUUAGAAAAGGCUUUGACAAACUGAACCACCAAAAUAGGAUGCCCUUCAACUUGUAGACAUGCCUGUGGGUGUAUAGUGUGCUCCAGGUAUCCAAUAUUCAUAAGUUGUAUUCCAUGCUGGGUUUUCAUUUCUUAUGGCACCUGUCUUUGAUUCUCUUUUGUGAGCACCUUUCCCAUAUUUCUGUGAGUAUCCCCAAUAAAGCUCAUUGGUUUGUUCAACAA